ACUAUUUUCCCGAUCAAUCUUUUUCUGGGUCAUUCUGAUGAUAAGCUUAUGACUUGUCUGAGUAGCAUUGCGUUGCAACAAAAAUGGGAACCGCCACUGUGGCAUCAACACUCGUUAACAUGGCAGAGAAGUGCAGUUGCAUGCGAGACCUCAAGCUCCUCCACGCUCACGCAUUGCGCGCGUGCCUCCACCAACACGCGGUGGUCCUCGGCAAGCUCUUCCGCUUCGCCGCCGUGUCCCCCUUAGGCGACUUACCCUACGCCCACCGCAUGUUCGAUCAAAUGCCCCACCCAACCACCUUCUUCUACAACACUCUCAUUCGCGCUCACUCCCAAUCCGCCACCCCUUCUCUGUCUUCCCUCUUCUUUAACCUCAUGAGGCAAAACGACGUUGCCCCAGAUCACUAUUCCUUCACCUUCUUGCUCAAGUCGCGAUCGAGGACCACCCCUUUGACCCACCAUAGUGACAUACACGGCGCCGUUUUGAAGUUCGGAUUUUGUCGCCACUUACACGUGCAGAACGCGUUGAUACAUUUGUAUGCCUGUUGGGGAGUGACCCUUUUGGCCCGUAGGGUUUUUGAGGAUCUUUUGCUACUGGGUUUGGAUGUUGAUGUUGUGUCUUGGUCGGGGUUACUUGUUGCGCACGUAAAAGCUGGUGAGUUGGACGUUGCCCGCAGGGUGUUUGAUGAAAUGCCUCAAAGGGAUGUGGUUUCCUGGACUGCUAUGUUGUCAGGGUAUUCACGUGCAAGGCAGCCCAGAGAGGCGCUGGAGUUGUUUGGAGAGAUGAGGCGUGCCGGGGUGUGGCCGGAUGAAGUUACCUUGGUGAGUGUGGUCUCAGCUUGUGCGAGUUUGGGAGACGUGGAAACGGGUGGGAUGGUUCACCGGUUUGUGGACGAGAAUGGGUUUGGGUGGAUGGUUGCGCUUUGCAAUGCUCUCAUUGACAUGUAUGGGAAGUGUGGAUGCUUGGCGCAGGCAUGGCGUGUGUUUGAUGGGAUGACGAGGAGGAGCUUGAUCACAUGGAAUACGAUGAUGACGGUGUGUGCAAACCAUGGAAAUGCUGAUGAUGCAUUUGGGUUGUUUGAAUGGAUGAUUCGUUAUGGGGUUGUGCCUGAUUCGGUGACGAUUCUAGCGCUUCUGGUUGCAUAUGCGCAUAAGGGGUUGGUGGAUGAGGGAAUUAGAUUGUUUGAGAGCAUGGAAAGGGACUAUGGGAUUGAACCCAGGAUUGAGCAUUAUGGUGCCAUGGUAGAUAUGUUGGGACGUUCAGGGCGAUUACAGGAGGCUUAUGAUCUGCUUACAAAUAUUCCAAUUCCAAGCAAUGAUGUUGUUUGGGGAGCACUACUUGGAGCUUGCAGGAUUCACGGUGAUGUUGACAUGGGGGAAAAGGUUAUAAAGAAAUUGUUGGAGUUGAAACCAGAUGAAGCGGGAUACUAUAUUCUCCUGCGGGAUAUCUAUGUUGCUGCAGGUCGGACUGUAGAAGCCAAUGAGAUGAGGCAAGCCAUGUUAGCUAGUGGAGCAAGAAAAAAUCCCGGCUGUAGUUGGGUAGAAGCAUGAAGUUUAGGUUGGAAUUCACUGCAAUCGUUGUGGAAGGCAAUGGUGAUACCCUCAGUGCAGGCUGUAGAGUUGUCUAUUCUCUUGCCAUUUUUUUUUUGUCAAGACAAUGGCACUGUUGAAGAUUUUUUGGAACCAGUACUAUCUCUGUAAAUAUCUCAUGAAGCAGUGAAUGUGAAACUAUUCCUGGAAAUGAAAGUUGUUGGAUUUGUUCUAUGAUGAAUUAGUCAAGCAGAUGCUGAUAUUUCACUCUAAAGGAAUGUGCCCGUCUCCAUAACACAGUAAUCUUAUGGCACACCAGGCCAGUGGGAUAAAGCUUGAUUGUUGUUGUUAUGACACACAUUAGGGGCACACAUGUGAUCAGGAAACGCGUCUUAAUCUGUUCCUUUGUGACUACCUUCAAUCCAUAUGAUCAUAAAGAGAAGUUGAGGUCCAAGACUCCAUGAUAUGAAGCACAUUCAAACCAGCAGGCGCUCAAACCCGAACUAGAGAGGCAAAUGAAGAGGCUGAAAGUAAAGAUGAAUGUUGCAAAGGUAGAUGUUGAAAUAGUAUGAAGACCUUGGUGAAAUCAGAACAAGGUUUCAAAGACAAAUUUUGAUGAUGUAGUAGGACAUGGAAGAUCAUAGACUUGUCACUUAAUGAAUAAUUUACCUUAGGUAUUAGUCCAUAUAUGUAGCAGAUAAACCAUCUAUUUGUGAAUAAUUGAAUGUACUUCUGGGUGUUGAUGCAAGAGAAA